CCAAACGCCCUCCAACCGGUAAUGCCUCUCAUCCCAUUGGAGGUAACAUUGUCCACCGCCGGUACUGCAGCUGCCACUGGUCUCCUCGGCUCGAUCGUUCUCCUACGUCUGUACAAACUGCGCAAAUGGGGCUGGGUGAAGUCGAACUUUUCCCUCCAGGGGAAAACGUUCAUUAUCACCGGGGCCAAUACCGGGCUGGGCUACGAAGCCACGAAAGCGCUCGUCCGUCGAGAGGCGACCGUCGUGAUGGCGUGUCGGAACAUGGCCAAAGCCAAUGCAGCGAUCGCACAAAUUCGCUCGGAAGUAUGCGAAGGCGCCGGAGCACUCCUUCCGAUGGAGCUCGAUCUUGGCUCGUUCCGAUCAAUCAGGCAGUUUGCUAGCGAGGUAAACCGCACCAUCCCCUCGCUGUACUGUUUGGUUAACAAUGCCGGGCUGGCAGUCCGCGUGCCGGAGUAUACGCAGGAAAACUACGAAGUUCACUUUGGCGUGAACCAUCUCGGACAGUUUCUUCUGGUUGAUCUGCUGAAGGAGCGAUUGUUGGCGGAACGAACGCGCGUCGUCGUCGUGUCUUCCCGGAUGCACGAGAUCGAAGCGGAAAUAGACUUCGCGAACCUGGGCCGCUGGGUGGAGUACGAAAGUCGGUUGAACCGGCUCUAUAACAACUCCAAGCUGAUGAAUUUCUACUACGCCCGGGAGCUGUACAAGCGCGGGUUCAACGUACACGUGCUGUGUCCAGGCCUGUGCCACACGGACUUCUUCCGUCACUACGAACCCAAAUGGUACCACUAUCUGGUAUUUUCCCCGAUUGUUUGGCUGCUACUUCGGUCCGCGGAACAGGGCGCCCAGAAUAUCAUUUUUGCCGCGACGGAAAGUGAGACCACGCCGGACCGCAAUCCGGUCCGUGGAUUCUUCGUGUCGAACGUAAAGAUGCGCCGCUCCAAGUUUCACUUCGACGAGGAAACAUCUAUCCGGUUAUGGAAUGAAAGUGUACGAGCCAUCGAAAACGCCCCAAAAGGAAAAUGACAAGAGCCCAUCGUUGGAAUGAUCGAGGCAGCGACCCAAACAGACUCUCUAACAAUCUUACACAGUAGCGAACGUGUUCUUUCGAUGGUGAUGGCACGGCAUACGGUUGUGGAUUUGUAUUCGGGAUUCGUUUGGAAAGCAUGGUCAAUUUUGAACAGUUUUCAAUUUCCUAACCCUUGGUAACAUUCUUUUAAAAAACUAUUACAAUAUUUAACACUCGGUGGUUGUUGUUACGUUUUUGGAGCUAAACUUUCUCCUAUACUUUAAGAUGUUGGUUAAAGACGAUGUGUGUUUCUUGCUUAUACUAUUGAAAAGUUUAAACCUUCCCUCGGGUGUACAGCAGCGUAUUAAUGCACGAUUCUCGAAUGUACAUUGUAACAUA